GGGUCCGAGAGAACUCUAAGACUCCCAGUCCACCCCAAUUCUCAGAGAGAGAGAGAGAGAGAGAGAGUCGGAGCCUCCAAAACUCUGACUUUCUCGGCCGAGAAAAAUAGUCGUCGAUUUUUCUUCAGCAGCUCCGCUCCGUCAAAAUGAGCACCGUCGUCCAGGGUUUCACGAAGUCACUUGCGAUGACUGUGCUAUCGGAGAUCGGCGACAAGACCUUCUUCGCCGCCGCGAUCCUUGCGAUGCGCCAUCCCAGGAGACUCGUUUUGUCUGGUUGCCUAGGAGCUCUAAUUGUGAUGACUAUUCUUUCUGUUCUUGUUGGCUGGGCUGCUCCAAAUUUGCUCUCGCGGACAUGGACCCAUCACAUAACAACAGUGUUGUUCUUUGGGUUCGGCCUAUGGUCCUUGUGGGAUGCUUUCAAAGGAGACGGGGGUGAUGAUGAACUUGCAGAAGUUGAAGCGGAAUUGGAUGCCAAGGCGGGAUCCACCAAACAGAGUAAUAAGGAUGACGAUGAAACGAAAAAGCAGAAUCGUUCAUUUAUCUUGCAAUUCUUCUCACCCAUUUUUUUAAAGGCCUUUUCUAUUACUUUUUUCGGUGAAUGGGGUGACAAGAGCCAGCUAGCUACUAUUGGUUUGGCUGCAGAUGAAAACCCAUUAGGUGUGGUUAUUGGUGGAAUCAUAGGACAAGCGUUGUGUACCACUGCUGCUGUCCUUGGUGGAAAGAGCUUGGCAUCUCAGAUAUCUGAGAAAAUUGUUGCAUUAUCAGGUGGAGUUCUUUUCAUCGUUUUCGGAAUCCAAUCCUUCCUUUCGGGUUGAGGCUUGAUACUUAGAUCUGAUUAAUGAUCAGGAUUGAAGGAUGGCUCAUUGAAUUAACGAACCCUCAUCUACGCAUUGCGCAAGGGGUGUUUACAACUUACUAGGAUUGCAUCAUUUAUCAUAAUUCAUACAUGAGAGCAGUGUACUAAUCAGAAAAGGAACUGAUUUAAAGAGUUAUUGUUUGCAAGAUCAAGGCCGAUAUUGCACCCUCGCAUCCGUGGGAGCUACACUAUUGUUGCAUGCAUGUUUACUCUUGACUAUAAAUUUAAAGCAUUUGAUCUGCAAUUUCACGUA